GUGCUCGAACUGCUAGAACGAGUAGAUAGAGGUGGUGGGGGGCAAGGGAAUCCUCGUCUUCGAUGCGUCUCCUAGUGUACUGAGAUCCACGAUUGCUAUGCCCUAGCCAAUGUUGUACCUACCCUCCAUCCAUGUAACAUUGUAUGCUUGGAAGGAACUCCUGGAGGAGGCAAACAGGAAAGGAGCCGCGGAGCCGAGGUACCGAGAAGCAGGACGUCGACCAAGCUAAAGAAGCCAGCGAAGAGGGAGACGUUAAACGCAAGAAUUUCUUGAGUUGAGCGAGGGAGGCUAAAGUGAACAAAAGUGUAUGUGAUAUGUGCUCAUUCAUUGGACGGUGAAAUCAAUCCAGGGACAACCGUUUACUUGAAUUGGGGUGGAACAAGUGACCAUGGGGGUGAUGUGCAAGUGCAUGUGAUCCAGUGACACCACUUGAGUCCCACUACUACAAAGACAACAACAACAACACCAACCAGGACAUUCCCACUAACCAAGAAAUGUCUCCGCGUCCCAAAAGUGUUCCAUCCCGAUUGGGACCCCCGCCCCAAUUGGGUGACUACAAAAUCCCCACCAUCCAACAGAAACAUGAGAAAUUUCGUCCCAAAUUCGACGAGAUGGUGGCGAGGAAUGUCAAAAUGAUCGCUCGAUGGGUUCACCUUUAUCUCACAUGGAAAAGGAUCCUCAUGGCCUGGAUGGUGGUGUUGGUGGCCAGCAAAAUGGUUCUGCUCAUGCUCACGUACCAAUUCUUCACCCUGACCUCACUCAUAUCACUUCAGGUCUUCCACGGCGUAUGGACAAUCGCCUUCUUCUGCCUGAGUAUCAUCGAUUCUCGGGCCGUGCUCCCUAAUGCGAGCUGACUCUUGGCGGGCUACCUCCCAGCAACCACGGUUCUGCACAUACUUCUGUUUCCGAACACCUACCCAUUGGAGUACCUUCUUACGGAUGCCGUGGGCACCUUUUUGGCCAUCAUCACCAUGUUUGUUCUCCUUCGAAUGGAGUGCGCAGAAAUUCUGAUGGAUGCUGAGGAUUUGUGGGAAGGGCAGCAUGGGAUCAGUGACACCAGUAGCGAUUCCGGCCAUUCUGGCACUACGACUACUUCCGGUUCCUCCUAUCAAGUGAUUGAAACGCCACAAGGUCGCAGGAUUCUGGGGAACCCCAAUGGACCCACGGUGAUCUCCGUGAAUGGAGUGCCAUCCACGUAUCGACCGUUCCACAUGGAUUCGGUUCUGUUUCCCAGUUUGGAAGAGGCGGAUACUUUUAGCCCAUCCGUCCGACCUGGGUAUCAUCGCCAAGAGUCCAUUUUUGACGAGGCAGUUGAUUUGGAACCUAUUGACUUCGAGCACUUCGAGGAUGAUCAAGGGCGCAAUCCCAGAUACAUGGGACAAAUUGGAAAUUAUAACUGAUUUGAAUCGUAAGAACGACCUCCCAGUCUGGCAUUAACUUGAAACAAUGCCAUGAUGAACGAACCCUCCUGUCUGUUGCAUGAUCGAUUGGGGCCCUUUUCAAAGCUGUUGAUUUUUGCCAUUUGAACAAUCAUGUAUUAUAUACCCUUAUAUAUUUAAACAUUGAAAAUAAACGUGGCUUCUUUA